AUGAAAUUGGAACAAUACAACAAAAAUCUGAAUUCUACAAUUCACUACGACUAUACCAGACGUCCAAGUUGGUGGUCCUCUCACAGAAAUUCCAUUCCAAAAAUCGUGAUUUCUCCGGGAUUCACUACUCCAGAAUUCGAGAACUUGGAACGUGGCUCCCCGAUAGGUCAUGUGAUUCAGUGCAAUCUACAAAGCAGCCGACUGAAUAAAAGUCAAUCAAAUUUACACCUGGCUCUACCUCAACGAAGAUGA